AUGCCGUUGAGGUUUCCCACUCCAGGUCUCUGGGAUGGCUGUGAUUAUGCUGGCACAGUAGUUGCGCUUGGUGUUGAGGCAGCAGCACAAGGCCGAUUCAAGCUCGGCGAUAGAGCUUUUGGGGCUGUUCAGGGAUCAAACCUCUCAGAUGCAAUGUCUGGAGCCUACUGCGAGUAUAUUCGGACCGAGCCUGAUCUUGCCUUUCAUGUUCCAAGAGAAAUGACACUCGAGAAUGCGCCAUCCAUUUCUGGUACGGCAAUCGCAACUCUCGGCGUUGCCCUGUUUUGGUCACUUCAAAUCCCUGGAACUUUGGACACUCCAGCAGCCAAAUCCGAAGAUGUUCUGGUAUAUGGUGGCAGUAGCACUAUUGGUCUUCUCGCCAUCCAGAUGGUCAAACUAUGUGGCCACCGAGUCAUUACCACUUGUUCCCCUCGCAACUUCGACCUGGUAAAAUCCUAUGGGGCAGAUCUAGUAUUUGAUUAUAGCUCUCCAACAUGUGCGGAGUAUAUCCGAGCAGCUACCAAGAGUACCCUGCGCUAUGUGCUCGACCCAUUUGCGGAAGCAAAGACUCUGCGGUUGUGUCAUGCAGCCAUUGGUCGUACAGGUGGCCGGUACUGUGCUCUGGAACAGUAUCAGGAGAGCCUUUGCUCACGCAAGACAAUCAAGCACGAACUUGUCAUGGGAGGUGCUAUUUCUGGACGAGGUGUGGAGCUUCCAGACCCGUAUGGCAUUCCACCCCGACCUGAGAUUGGAGUAUGGGCUCGGUCCUGGUAUCGAACGGUCCAGGGUCUCAUUGAUCAGGGAAGAAUCAAACCCUGCCCAUUUGAAACCAUUCCUGGUGGAUUUGAGGGUAUUUUGAAUGGGUUGGACAUGCUCCGGAAUGGAAAGGUUUCGGGGAAGAAACUUGUUGUGCCAAUGGUACAGGAGAAGUAG